GCAGUCUUAGAUGAUAGCAGCAAGUCUGCGAAGUUUAGUCAUGGCCGCCUCCAGCAACUCCUACUCUUACAAUCUCAUUGGGCCAACCCGCAACCUAAACAACCUUAUCCAGCAACUCCGCCUCUACAAAGCCCCGCGCUUCGGCGGCGGUGUCAGCGAUGAAGACGACGAGGUCGACGAGAGGGGAAAGGUUUUCUCCCAAAUGGGCCUUGCUGAAUCCGCCAUGCGGCCCAUGCCUCCCGCUUUCAAGUCCCAAGACAAGCGAGCCGCGGUACUCGUCUGUCUCUUCGAAGGCGAUCUCGGCGACCUCUGCGUCUUCCUCACCAAACGCUCCUCCAAUCUCUCUUCCCACUCCGGUGAGGUGGCACUGCCGGGCGGCAAAGCAGACGAAGGCGACGCCGACGACGUAGCAACGGCGUUGCGAGAAGCUGAGGAGGAGAUCGGGCUAAAUCCAUCUCUAGUGAACGUCGUCACAGUCCUCGAGCCAUUCUUGUCCAAGAAACUUCUCAGAGUAGUUCCUGUGAUUGGGAUACUCUCUGAUAGGCGAUCAUUCAAACCUGUCGCCAAUGUUUCAGAGGUGGAAGCAAUUUUCGAUGCGCCUUUAGAAAUGUUCCUGAAGGAUGAAAACAGGAGAGCAGAGGAGCGGGAGUGGAUGGGGGCCAAGUAUCUGAUACAUUUCUUUGAUUAUAAAACUGAUGAUCAAAAGUAUUUGAUAUGGGGUAUGACUGCUAGCAUUUUAAUUAAUACAGCUUCAGUAGUGUAUCAGCGGCCACCAUCCUUUGCAGAGCAAUAUCGCAAGUUUCAUCACUGUUUGUGAAUAAGGUGAAUAUUUAUUUUAUACCCCCACUGUAUAUGCAAUAAUCUGCUUGUUUUUCUUUGGCAGAAAUGAUUUGUAGGGAAGCUGUUUAUGAUUAUUUGCUGCUUAAGCAUCCUCUUAAAUGUGUUGGAAUAUAGCUUUUUUGAAUCACUUGCACUGUGAUUUCUCUGUAAUAUGAAGAUUUAGCCAAUUUAACAAAAAAAGUGUCCUUAAGUCUGCAUUUGGAUAAAGGUUUCGUUUGAGACAA